CUUUCUUUUGUUGAUUAGGCUUAAAAAUUAACUGUGCUGCUUCCAUUCUUUGUGUAUCUUUUUCCGUUUGGAAUGCCCCCGAACAGAUUGAUGCAGUUGCGAAUUGGUAGUGGUGGUUUAGAUGUUUGCCUUGUUCUUUGUAAAUUGCAUUUGCUUCUUAUGUUUGUUUUGUUCCAUGUAUGUAAUGCUGAUGAUCUGAUAAGUUUGAAUUUUAGCUUAUUAGCUUAUGCUUCUUGAAUUUAAUUAAAUUUGGUAGUGAUUUGAGAGGGAAAGUGAAGACUUUUCUUUAUUAUCUUCUAUUAAUGGAAAAUCAGCUUAUAUAUUUUACAUUCCCUUCUCUCUUCUAGCUGUGUGGAAUAAUGUGGGAAAGGGGAAUUAUAACAGUGGCUGGGUACGGGUCGGGUCGGAGGUGGCUCCCCCCUGUGAUAUAUCCAAGCCCGGGCGGGGCGGGUCGAGAGAUACAUGAUAUGAUGGGGCUUGGAAAUAUAGUUACAUUACUUUUUUUUGGUUUUUGACAAAGCCCAAGCCACUCGAAAUUGGCGCCGGGUCGUACCAUUUGUUGCUUCUGGGUAAGAUUAAACCCCAUUAAUUUCUGGGAGUUUUAGAGCUAUCCUGGGUUUAUCAAAAAAAAAAUUGAUCUUUGCCCCCCCUCUCUCUUCUCUAUUUCUGAUGCAACUGUAGUAAUGGCAAAAGCCCUAUUUUGUACCCUACGAAGAGCUUCUCCACUUUUGAAUACAAUUCCUCCACAUUCCUUCAACGUCAGCUCAACUUUCCUAAAUGAAGUACCAAUUUUUUGUCCACUAAAAGUCAUUGUUCCACCAAACGCGAGAACCCCUUCAUGGGUUUUGCGGAACUUGAGUCAUGGUACGGUAAGCCUGGUGAUAUCACAAGGAAAACCCAAGUUUGAAACUCAUCAAGUUGACCCUCCAAAGAAGGAGAAGUGGAAGACCAAGAAGAGGCUCAAGUUGCAAAGGAAGAGAGAGAAAGCGAAUAGGAAAGCUGCCAAUAAGAGAGACCCACGUCGGCUUGGUCUCACUGGGAAGAAGAAGAAGUUUGCUAAUGCAGAGGAGAGGAUUAAGUACAAGCUUGAGAAGGCCAAAAUUAAGGAAGCGUUGCUGCUUGAAAGACUUAAGCGCUAUGAAGUUCCCAAAGCUCAGGGGCCUGUGGUGGAGCCACAUCAUCUUACAGGUGAAGAACAGUUCUAUAUGAGAAAAAUGGCGCAGAAAAGGUCCAACUAUGUGCCAGUUGGCAGAAGAGGAAUAUUUGGCGGGGUUAUUCUUAAUAUGCAUAUGCAUUGGAAGAAACAUGAAACUGUUAAGGUAAUUUGCAAGCCCUGUAAGCCCGGCCAAGUACACGAGUAUGCUGAUGAAAUUGCCAGACUGAGUGGUGGAAUCCCAGUUCAGAUAAUUGGUGAUGACACCAUAGUAUUCUAUCGAGGGAAGAAUUAUGUGCAGCCAGAAGUUAUGUCCCCAAUAGAUACAUUGUCCAAGAAAAGAGCUCUUGAAAAAUCAAAGUAUGAGCAAUCACUCGAGUCGGUGAGACACUUCAUCGCUAUCGCAGAGAAGGAAUUGGAGUUGUACUACAGACACAUUGCACUCUAUGGUGAUCCAAAUAAUAGGAAUCCCAUUUCAAUCUUGGAUACUCCAACUAAAGACACCCGUGAAUCAAGGAAACUUAAGAUGCUCGAAAGAGAGAGUCAUGAUUUGACAUGUGAGGGCUUUUCUUCAUGUACUUCAGUUGCAGAAGCUGAUUCCUUAGGUGAAGAACUAUCAGAAACUGAAGAUGACUUAAAAGGUGGGGACUUAUCCAUGAGAGAAUCAGAUUCUGAAGAUAACGGUUCUUAUUUUGCUAAAGCAAGUGAAGGAAGCUCAUCUAGGUAGCAUGUGAGUGAUGGGGAGGAUUUGUCUAUAAUUGACUCAUAUUCUGAAGAUAAAUGUUUCCUAUUCUGAUGAAGAUGGUGAAGAAGAAAGUCCUUUGGGGUCACAAGGAGAUUCCUACCCAUCAUUGAUGUUUGACAGUGGAUGUGAUAUUGUAAAGAAAUCUUAAGAGACCAAGUAAAGGAAUAAAUUCAUAUUGCCCAAAUCUCUGUUCUCCCUUUCUCUUUGGAAAAUGCAGAAAGGUAGGCCUCAUUGAGUGGCAUGAAAUUCGCAUGGGUGAUUGUUAGCAAAAUGUUGUUCAAGACUCAAUAAACCAAAUUGAUUUAUUCUUUAAAUA